UGGCUACGCACGGAUAACAUGACGCGGCCACGCAUUCGAGAGAGAUGGAUAGAGACGGUACAUUUACAUUGCGAUUUUCGCGUGAAUCUUGAUUUUACAUCGGCAUUUAUGUUCUCGAAAGCAUAUCAGGCCAAUCGAUCGCUACGUCAAGCUAUCAUUAUGUUUAUCACAAACUAAGUUCGAUGCAAUAUUCGUGUCUAAACAAAAGCAAACUGCGAAUGCUUUUUUCUUUUUUUUCUCUCUCUAUCUCUGCACACAUUUUUCUCUCUCACAUAUGUAAUUUGACAAGCCGCCCCGAGAACUCGAUGCGAAUUGUGUUUGUCAAUAGCCGGCUGACGAACGAAAACAAUUGUUCUGGUUCGGGUAGCUUGGAAUAAUAGAAAGAUGGCCAAGUUUUUGUCCCUCUUUGCAAAGCCGUUUCCCAUCAUAGGAAUGAUUCACGUGCGUGCAUUACCUGGAACUCCUCUACACAAAGAUAGCAUGGACCGUAUUAUCGGUGCAGUGCGUGAUGAAGCGAACAUUUAUCAUGAAUGUGGAGUGGACGGCGUGUUGGUUGAAAACAUGCAUGACAUUCCCUACAUGCGGCCUAGCGAUGGUGUCGGUCCGGAAAUUACGGCCGCAAUGACGAGGGUAGCGUUGGCGGUUCGUGAGACGGUACCGGAUGUACCUUGUGGGGUACAGAUUCUUGCCGGAUGUAACCGGGAAGCGCUGGCCGUGGCAAAAGCGUGCCAGCUGCAGUUUAUUCGGGCCGAAGGGUUCGUAUUCGGGCACAUGGCCGACGAAGGUUUUACCGAUGCUUGUGCCGGAUCUUUGCUGCGGUAUCGUAAACAGAUCGAGGCGGAUGAUGUGCUCGUUAUUACCGACAUCAAGAAAAAGCACAGCUCGCAUGCCAUUACGGCCGACGUAUCGAUAGCGGAAACGGCGCAUGCGGCAGACUUCUUCCUUUCCGACGGCCUGAUCGUAACCGGAAGCUCAACUGGCUGCAGUGCGGAGCGGGUGGAUUUGCAGGCUCUGCACGGGAAAACCACUUUACCGCUCAUCGUCGGCUCCGGUCUUACGCUCGAUAACCUUCAUAACUAUUGGACGCUGGCGCACGCAGCAAUCGUUGGUUCCCAUUUCAAAAUAAACGGACACUGGAAUGCUGACCUGUGCCGAAAGCGUGUGCAAGCUUUCAUGGACGGUGUAGAAACAUUACGACGUCAGCAACCAAGUUAACAACUAAAAGCUACAUGUUUUAUUCGCA